AUUACCAAACCAUUACCCCUGCGAAUUCAUCCCAGCCCUGUCGCCUCAAGGCCUAAAGGCUUUCACCCCGGCUGCGGUCGGUGUCUAUAUAAAGCAUUGCAUUAUCUUGGGUUUGUCCGUGACUUUCUCGUUCUCAAUUGCAUGUCAUGACCCGUCAUCCCAUUGACAAUCGCCACAGCCUGCAUCCGAGUCAUCAAAGUCCGCCAAGCCUCACUUGCCGUGUCCUCUUACUCCUGGACGUGCAAGUUUGUAUGCUCAGCAGCCGAAAAGAAGGCGGCGUCCCCUCUUCUGAAACUGUUUAUCGGAAUAUUGAACACAUUCUUGACCGUGCUCGCUCAGCAAAGCAGCCACCUCGCAUCAUUCAUAUCCGCAACUCCGGAGAGUCAGGUGAUCCAGAUACACCGAACUCCCCCGGCUGGCAACUCGUUUUUCCAACACUUGAGCACGAGUUCGUUAUCGACAAGUUGAAAAAUAACGCAUUUGCUGGAACAAGACUCGCAGAACUUGUACCACGUGACGCUGAACUCAUAGUCGUCGGCAUGCAAAGCGAUUACUGUGUGCGCGCUACUUGUAGCGCAGCCUUGGGUAGAGGAAACACUGUUAUCUUGAUGAAGGAAGCACACGCAACCUACGAUCGCAUUGAAGUAUGGAACGGUGGCAUGGUUACAAUCGCCCGUGAUGUGGAGUUGGAAAUAGAGGCGGAGUUGGAGGAGGCUGGGGUCAACCUACUGUGCAUGUCGGAUGUGCCGCACUUAUUCAGCGACCGGUGACAUGCAUUGGCGGGAGUGAUCGCUGAGAACUUUCGCCCCCUUUCCGGCCAUCAUGGUAGUUUGACAUUUGCAUUCUUUACUCCGUUGGAUAUUGGUUCCCGUUCAGAAGCUCCUGCAUGGCUGGCAUGAUGGUUUGGAUGAUGGCCCUGUCACGGUAGUGGGCAUGUUGGUCAUCAGUUUGGUAUCGAUAUUAUUGCUUUGUUAAAUACUUACAAAAAUAUGAUAACUAAAUGUCACGUGAGUACGAUUAAAUAACAUCAAAUAAUUUGCUCCGU